AUGAAGAUGAUCAAAGCCAUGAAAAAGCUCAAAUUCUGGUCAAGAAAGAAGAGGCAAAAAAGGUAUCUUCUUUUCGCAGAAUCACCACCUCCACCAUCGCGGCCUCCUCCUCCACCGCCACCGUAUUACAUGCUCCACUGCCCGUACGAGCCGCUUCUGCCAUCCGCUCCACCGCUACCGCCUUGGCUCGAAUACGAUCAGCAAUUUGAGGAAAUGCCCUCAAUAUCUGAGGUCAAUCCAGCAGAUUCUGCAGCCUCAGACAAUUCAACAAGCAUAUCCCAUUUCUCUGCUGUACCAGAAAUCACUGAUCCUCCACAAGUUCAACCCGAUACUUCCUACCAACAAUAUAUGGUUCCAACUCCGGUCCACGACACUCCUGUCGUUCCUCAACUCAAGAAAUUAGAAAGAGGUGGUGGAAAUUUUGGAUGUAUUCUUGGCUUUGGAGUUCAUUUGGUGCGCUGUGUUUUUCCUUGUUUUCAUAUUCGAGAAGUUGUUAAAUAA